UUGCUACUUACGAUUCUCUACACCCGUGAGUUGGAGCUUUAAUCGUCUUUUAUUUUAUAAUUCUAUGAUUACUAUUGCAUAAAUGUCCAAAGUUAUUGGAGGUGCUGCUGCGGGGGUGUGUGAGGGAGGGGACGACAGUCUAGUUACUUCCACAGGAGAGUGCGGUGGUCGUGGAUCUGCUUUGAGCAUCAGUCGUCACAUUGAAAGGGGCCCCGGAACCAGGACGAAAGAGUCCCCAAAAAUAUUUAGAUAAAGCGAACGGAGCCGAAAAACUGGAUUUAAAACGUUAAAGUGUGUUCGAAUGGAACUUAACAUAAGAAGAAUCAUACACACUGGGUCUUUUUUUCUUCUUUAAAUGGAUUACCAGAGGAAUAUUCGGACAUUCGGGCGGAUUGCUCCGUUCAUGAUCUUAAGGUAACAUCUCCACUAGUGUGAAACAGGAAGUGUAUGUGAGGAGCCAUGGGCCACAGAGCCACACUUUUGCUCAGUGAGCUGCUGCUGCUGCUGCUGCUCACAGCCUCGCGCACUCUCCUCUCAGUCAGCUUCCCCGAGGACAUUGCACCCCUGGAUGUCGUUGACGCCCACUUUUCGCGGAGGUACCCUGUGUUCAGAGGCAGGCCCUCUGGCAAUGAGUCACAGCAUCGCCUCGACUUUCAGCUGAUGACCAAGAUACAAGACACGCUCUUCAUCGCUGGCAGAGAUCAAGUCUACCUAGUAAGUUUGAGAGAAUCCUACAGGAAUGAGAUCAUCCCUUACCGGAAGCUGACAUGGCGAUCAGGCCAGGCAGACAGAGAGAUGUGUGCCGUCAAGGGAAAACACAGAGAUGAGUGCCAUAACUUCAUCAAAGUGCUGGUUCCCAGAAAUGACGAUCUGGUCUUCAUCUGUGGCACCAAUGGCUUUAACCCCAUGUGCAGAUACUACAGGCUGGAUAACCUCGAGUUGGAUGGUGAGGAGAUCAAUGGGCUGGCACGGUGCCCAUUUGACUCCAAGCAAACCAACGUUGCCCUUUUUGCAGAGGGGAAACUGUAUUCCGCCACGGUGGCUGACUUUCAGGCCAGUGAUUCUGUCAUUUAUCGCAGUAUGGGUGAUGGAUCCGCCUUGAGGACCAUCAAAUACGACUCCAAGUGGCUUAAAGAACCUCAUUUCCUGCACGCAGCCGAGUAUGGGAAUUAUGUGUACUUUUUCUACCGAGAGAUUGCAGUGGAGCACAGCAAUCUGGGCAAGGUGGUCUACUCUCGAGUGGCCCGGAUCUGCAAAAAUGACAUUGGCGGGUCGCAGCGGGUUCUCGAGAAACAUUGGACAUCUUUUGUGAAGGCGAGACUGAACUGCUCCGUGCCGGGAGACUCCUUCUUCUACUUUGACGUGCUUCAAUCGAUCACUGACAUCAUCAACAUCAACGGCGUACCGUCCGUGGUGGGCGUAUUCACCACACAGAUGAACAGUAUUCCAGGGUCAGCAGUGUGUGCUUUUUCCAUGGCUGACAUCGAGAAAGUCUUCCAUGGUCGUUUUAAAGAGCAGAAGACUGCUGACUCCAUUUGGACGCCUUUUCCAGAGGAGAAGCUCCCCAAGCCUCGACCAGGGUGCUGUGCAGGUUACGGUCCAGCUGCAUCCUUUAAGAGCUCCAUUGAGUUCCCGGAUGAAACUCUGCAGUUCAUCAAGUCCCACCCUUUAAUGGACACAGCUGUGCCUUCCAUUGGGGACGAGCCCUGGUACACCAAGACACGGGUCAGGUACAGGCUGACUGCGUUGGCUGUGGACAACGAAGCGGGCCCGCACAAGAACUACACAGUGGUUUUUAUCGGUUCUGAGUCAGGAGUUGUCCUCAAGGUUUUGGCAAAGACCUCGGCCAUGUCCCUGAACGACAGUCUGCUUCUGGAGGAGAUAGACGUCUUCAACAAAGCCAAGUGCUUGUCUAACCACGACGAUGAUAAGCGCGUCCUGUCACUGCACGUCGACAAAGACGCACAUAGCCUGUACGUAGCCUUUUCAAGCUGCGUCAUCCGAAUUCCCCUGAGUCGCUGUGAAAGGCAUUCUUCCUGCCACAAGUCUUGCAUUGCAUUACGUGAUCCCUAUUGUGGAUGGAGACCACAAGGAGCCUGUGAGAGGAUAGAGACCGGUCUUUUGACGGGCUAUGAGCAGGAUAUUGAAUUAGGAAACACUGGCCACCUGGGAGACUGUCAGGCAUUUUUGGGCACUACUUCAGCGCCAGAUUACAAAUCAUUUGGUGACCCUACCUCUGACAUGGAGUUUUCAUCAGCACCAGUCACUGUCCCGCCCAGUGGGCCCAUACCUCCCCCAGUACUCAUUCCCACUCAGAGCCCCAGCUCUGGGCCCCGUCCAGAGCUCUACGGCUCAGGCUUUGUGCUGCAGGAUGACCCAGCCACCUCUCAUUCUUUAGACUCUCUCCCAGGGGGGCAAGAGGGUGUGUGGGAUAUCCAAGCAAGUGAAGCCAGCCAGAUGGUCCACAUGAACAUCUUGAUCACCUGCGUGUUUGGUGCUUUUCUCAUGGGCGCCUUACUUGCCGGCCUGAUUGUCUUCUGCAAUCGGGAAUCAUUCAUGCGAAAGCAACGGCGUGUCCACAAGGAUGCGGAAUCUGCUCCAUCCUGCUCGGACUCUGCUGGAAGCUUCGUCAAGCUCAACGGCCUCUUCGACAGUCCUGUAAAGGAGUACCAGACCAAUGUGGAUUCUCCUAAGCUGUACACCAACCUGUUGAGUAAAGACCUGAAAACACCCAACGGCGACACCAAGACCAUGAUCCUGCGGGACGGUUGUCCGCCCCCUGAGUUGGCUGCUCUCCCAACACCCGAGUCCACUCCUGUCCUUCAGCAGAAAGGCCUGCAGCCCAUCAAAAACCAGUGGGAGAGGGAUCACAGGAAGAUCAGUGGCUCCCGCAAGGAAUCCAAUUCGGCGGCCAAGAGUUCUCAGUUUCUCCUUCCUUCACCUGGUCCUCCUAAAUCCAACUCCCACCAUCCUCACCUGGCCCUGGGUCACUCCCACAUCCCCAGUGCCGUCGUCCUGCCCAAUGCCACACAUGACCACCCAUAUCUCGACAGCGGAGAUGAUACUCUGCCACAUUCUUCUGAGAAGAAGCUGAAGAAUCCAGAAACUAAAGGAAGCAGGAAAGACCAGAAGCGGUCGGUGGACGCGAGGAAUACACUAAACGACCUUUUAAAACAUCUCAAUGACUCUGUGGCCAACCCUAAGGCCAUUCUUCACGAGGCAUCGGGGCCCCGCUCUCGACAACACCUCACAUUGGAGCCCAUGGAGGAACUGACAGAACUACCCCCGAGGGUGCCAAGUCGCGAGGCCUCCUUAUACUCUCCUUCCUCCUCCCUGCCGAGGCAUAGCCCCACCAAGCGGGUGGACGUCCCCUUGUCCAGCAGUCCCACCACGCCAACGGGCAGCCUGAGCAUGGGGGGAACCUUGGAGAGACCCAGAGGGGGCUACCAACUCCAAAGGAGUGCUUCUCACAGGCACUCCUUGUCCACUUCAACCAACGGGGUGACUAUGGGGGUAUCUGUGUCUCGCCAGCACAGUAUGAACAGAGGGGGAUAUAUGCCCCCGACGCCCCCCUCCAGACUAGAUUCCCAUGUUGGAAUGAUGGGGGGCGGAAUGCACUCGCCCAACCCUCCCUCUUUAUCCCGGCAAAGCAGCUACAGUGGGCAUGGCUCACUCCCUCGUACAGGACUUAAAAGGACCCCAUCCCUAAAGCCAGAUGUGCCCCCGAAACCUAAUGGCUUUUCACCACAGACUCCACAGAUGCGAGUGGUCAAUAAGUACAGCUAUUAGAAGAGCACCAACACGAUGGCGUGAGCUCUCUGCCUUGACAGUUAUAGCUUUGAGCCCGGACGGCCCGGCUACGGAGUGGGUUGACCCCCAGUGUGUGUGUGUGUGUGUGUGUGUGUAUCAACCUGAGGUGUGUUCCCCUUUAAGUGAUAUGCACUCACACUUCAGUUAAAAGGGAAAAAAAAAAUCACACGUGCGGCCAAAGAUAUUCCUCCGAUGUUUUUCAUUUUCAUUUCCAUCCUGCUCGUCAUACGGUGGACAUCGGUGCUUUGGUGUCACCCGUUUUCACAAGUUAGGUACACGGAUUAGGAUACCAAUGACACCACAGUGUCUGUCUGUGUGUGAGGUACCAGGUUGGAAACAGUGGAAUACUUGAAGAAUGGGUCUCAUUUUUCACUGCCUUUGAGCACUGUCUUCCCACUAAUGUGAACGCAACAGAGCUGUCGGCUGUCCUUUAUGCAAGGCAGCAGUCAACCUAAUAUUCGUAAACAACACAAGAGUGUAAAUGAUGACGUGUGUUUUGGUCAUGUAUGUUUGCAUCUGUGUGGGCCGAUGGGAAUGAAGGCCCGAACACGUGUUAAGCCUUCACACGUCAAGAGCGGUGCCAUUAAGACGAUGCACCUUAAAAUCCAUCUUAAGACCUAGGUCACUGUCUCGCUGAAAUGUGUUGCUUUGGUCUUCUCUGACCUAAUUUUAAACUAAGCCUCAACCAUUUUUGUGUUUUUUUUUUUUUUUAGGUGAUAAGGUUUUGAGCUACUUUUAAAAUGGUCACACUGGGUUGUCUACUCGGACAGGGACUCUUAACUCACUGGGAUAUCCUCAAUACAUUUGCUGCUAUUGUUUUUAGACAUAGCUGUGUGUGUUUGAUGCAUAUAGUGCUGUACCAGAGUGGGAUGACCCUAAGAUGGGUAUGCACAUCUUUUGUUUUCCUUCAAAGAGUAGCCGAUAGGCACCAUUUCAAAAACCAAACGCACCGUCAGACUGAUCAAUUACCCGAAUACUAACCUCGACUUAUUGGAAUCGUACUGCAGAAACGUUUUCUUUAUGUAGCAAGAAUGCAUAUUUCUCAUUCAAAGGACUUCAGAACACAGAUGAGCCGUGUUGCGUGUGAAUUGGGGCAUUUUCUUCAAUAGUGAAACGAAACAUUUCUUUCUCCGACAACCACAAUGUUGGUUACAUUAUUAGACUGACCUUGAAAUAAUACAUGACUUUAAAAGCUCAUUUUACCUUCAGUGUUGGUUCCAAUGCCCGUAUUAACAAUACAGCUUCCCUGUGAGUGGCCAGUGUACAAUCAACACAACAUUUACCAAUGUGUCCAGAUAAGUCAUGCUGGGAAUGACAAGUUUGUGUAUAUACAGUACUUAAAUCCUAUAAAUAAGGAAUAAGCAUAUUUUUAGGCAAGCGAACAUGAAUCUGUGCAUUUUGUGCCUUAUUCUCGGAAUUAUCGACCACAGUACAGUAUAUUAUUGGCAAUGUCAAUAGUUGUUAGUAUGUAAUUGUCAUUUACCAUAUAAAUCAUUUCAUAGGCCAAAACGUGUCGAAAAUGAACUACCUAGUCAUAAGUGACCGACAGUCCACUUGUGACCGGGUCCUACGCAAACGUUUUAAAGGAUGGGCAUUGUGGGUGUUGACGAUGUAUUAAUCCACCACACAGAGGUGCCAUGCAGUGAAUGUAUUUUUGACAGUGGGAUGUACGCUGUUCAGACCUUGCACUGUGGACCAGUCGGCUCAAUUCAGCACAUCCUGCCUGCGGCCAGUGUAUUAAAAAUGGUGGUCAAGCGAAAGCCGUUAACCAUUCGAAUCAAAUUCAGUUGAGUUUUUAUUGGUCAGCAAGGACAACUUUAGGAAUGAUUUAAUUUCACAAUCUACAUGAGUGACACCUAACCUAAAUAUCAGCUGCCUCUUUAGCCCAAAGCCACAUUUUGUUUACAAGUAAUGAUUGUAUGUAAAGACUUCAUUCCUGCUUGUCAGCUAAGCAGUAUUUGGGCUCUUUUGUUUUUUUUCACCUGCAACCUGACAUCCAUUCAACAUACACUGCUUAACUGCCUUGUACAUUGCAAUAUGAAUUCCUUCUUCAGUUGCAAUCUAAAUUGAAGCCUUUAAAAUUCAUUUUAAGCUCUUUUUAUGUGCAGGAAAAAAAAACGGUUUUGGUCAUGCCAUUUAGAGUUAAAUGCUGUGCAACAUGGCGAUGCAAAGCCAGGUGUAUAUAUUGGAUCUCCAGAGUAUUUGAGCGUGUAGAUAAUGUUUUAAAGAUGUACUGUGAAAGUGUAAAUAGUAAUGGUCUUUGUUUCAUAUUUUUUGUUGAUUUUUUUUUUUUUUUAACACGGCAUGUAUAGUUGAAAUAAAACAUUACUGCACAGAAA